GUCGAUCUUCUUUUAAUUUGAUUCUCGGAUUUUUGCAAAACAGUCAUUGCUACUCUCAAUUUUAUCCUACUAUUUUUAAAAUCAAGGCGUUUAUGUCAGCAUGAUCGCAUUUCUUAUGAACUUUUAUGUGGGCAUUAAUGGAUCUACAAUUUCUUUGUUUUGCUUCACAUCCAUGUGUUCAUUUCUAAUAGAAUAUCAUCAGGAAUGGUAAUGGAGGCUCCCCCAUCACCUCAAAGUGUAGGAAGAGAAUUUGUAAGACAGUAUUAUACACUGUUGAACAAAGCUCCUACCCAUCUUCAUAGAUUCUACAAUCACCAAUCAUCUUUCAUCCAUGGAGGGCUGGACCCCCCUAACCGCGAGACCAGUCCUGUCAUCGGCCAGAAGCAGAUCCAUCAGAAGAUCCAGCAACUUAAUUUUCGAGACUGUCACGCUAAAAUCACCCAGGUCGACUCUCAGGCAACGUUGGGCAACGGCGUGGUGGUGCAGGUGACGGGCGAGCUGUCCAACGCCGGCCAGCCGAUGCGCCGUUUUACGCAGACUUUCGUGUUGGCGGCGCAGUCGCCGAAGAAGUACUACGUGCACAACGACAUCUUCCGCUACCAGGACGAGAUCGUGUCCGAGGAGGAUGAGGAAGAAGGAGAGGAGGAGGAGGAGGAGGACGAGGGGUGCGAGGGGGACGGGCGGUCCGACCAGGAGGAGGACGUGCAGGGCGGGCAAGUCAUGAUGGAUGCCCAGCUGCCCAUCAACCAGCCUCCCGUGCCGCCGUACUACCCCAACGCCGGCCAGAUGCCGGCCGGCAUUCCCCCGGUGCCGAUCCAUCACAGCCAGCAGCAGCAGCCGCAGCACGUCAUCAAUGCGCAAGCGGUGCCGACCGUCAACGGAGCCAUCCAUCCUGACGAUAUCAACAAUAUCAACGUUAUGCAAGGCCAAGUACCGACUCACGUGCCCGCCGCUCAGGUAGUCCAAGCGCCCGGCGCGCCGAUGCCCGGCAUGCCGCAAGGAUCCGUUCCGACCCCCAUUCCGCCGGCGCCCAUCGAGGAGCAGCACCAGCACCAGCAGCAGCUGGGAAUGGAGGAGCGGAUGGAGGAUCACGUGGAGGCGGACUGGGCGGACUACGGGGCAGAGGAGGCGAAGUUGGAGGUCGAAGAGGAUUCGAACGUCUUGGAGUCGUCCUCCAACGAGCCCAAGACCUACGCCAACCUGCUCAAGUCUGGCGGCGCGGUGCCUUUCGCCGGCCCGCCCGCCCCCCAGCAGCAGCAGCAUCAGCCGCCCCUCGCCGCCCCCUCCUUCGUCUCGACCGCGCAGCCGCCGAGGAGCGCGUCGCCGCCGCCCGCGUCUGGCGGCUACCAGCCGAUGGGCGGGCGGCCUGGCGGGCCAAGCGGCCGCCCGGGCGGUCCCCGAGGUGCGGGGCAGGGGCAGUCGAGGAUGCCGGGCAGGCAGGAUUCGGUGGGCAGGGGCGGGUCGAUGGGCGGCGGCAGGAGUUCGAUGAACGAGGACGUGCCCUAUGAGGACAGGCGGCGUUCCCAAAGCCAGACCUUCAACGACGUCAACCAGCUGUUCUUGGGCAAUUUGCCGCACUGCGCGGGCGAGGACGACCUGCGCGCCAUCUUCGCCGACUUCGGCGCCAUCUUGGACCUGCGCGUGCACAGCAAGCCGUCCAACAACGGCAAGGUGGGGGGCGCGCCGGUCGGUCGGGCGCCGCCCAACUACGGGUUCAUCACGUUCGAGACACAGCAGGGCGUACAGAAUUGCCUGCAGGCGAAGCCGAUCUACUACCCGAAAGACGACAAAAACGGCACUCUCCUGAACGUCGAAGAAAAGAAAACGAAGGACCGCCCGUCGUACGGCGGCGGCCGCCCCAACACAGACGGCAGGGGCGGCGGCCGGGGAGACAACGGUGGCCCGCGGCGCGGCGGCAUGGGCGGUAUGGGCGGAUCUACCCGGGGCGGCCUCGGCCCCAACAGACCCAACGCGUACAGCAGUCGGGGCGGCGGCCCGCCGAAUCGCGGGCCCAACGCCUACAACCGGCGCUAACCUCUUUCUGCCCCCCUCCUUUCCUUUUUUGUCCCCCUAAGCCGUUGUUUCUUUUACUUUCUGGUGUCUGACCGUGGAAAUCACGUUGUGUGUGUGUGUGGUGGUGCUAAAAGAUGAUUGGGCUGGAGGUGUUGUGAUUGUGAAUGCGCAUGUACAGCAUCAGUUUGAUCUAGAACAGGGGCAGUCUUGGAAUAUUGAAUUAAUAUGUCCAUUGCCUACUGAAAGUCAUCAACUCUAGGAAUCUUUUCAUUAUUCCAAUUUCAGUUUAUUUCGUAAUCAUUUGAAUGGCCUAGUGCAAAAAGGGUAUAAAUGCAAUAUGUUGAUUCUCCUUAUCAUAACACAAUUUGAACUGAGCGCGGUUGCCUUUGCCCAGUAAAUAUACUCACUCACAAACUUUGUGAAAAUGAUUUCUGCAUAAACGAGUCAAGUGCCUAUACUUGUAUCGGUUUUGCACUAACUUCAGAUUUCUGUUUUGUACAUUUCACAGAAGAUAGUCUUGUUUAUUGCGUUAUUUUCAUAAACAAUAGGGUUCAGUCCAGUUGUUUCAUCAGUUCAGUAGAUUUGUGCCCCACACAAUUCUAUUGUACUAAUUUUGCUCAAUUAUGUAUCAACAAUCAACUUUAGAUACUCAUUAAUCAGCAACCAUUAUUUGAUACUUAUACCCUUUUCAUACUAGACCCUUCAAUUAUAACAAACAAUAUCUAAUGAUAUAGCAAAUUGGAUAUUAUCAAGAGCGGGCUGCAAAUUUCGACGUCAAUUGAUAAGGAAAUAACAUACAGAGAAGUGCACAAAAAACGGCCAGGAUCGUAACUUCUGAAUUAUUCGAGAUAUGGUAUUGGAAAUUGGUGGGCAGCUAGUAUACCAAAUUGCUCAAACAAUUUUUGUUCUACUGUCUGGUUUUACUGAAAACGACCCCAACAUUUGAUUUUUAAAUGGGACACCCUGUGUUGUAUUCCAUAAUCGGUUAGGGAUUGUCAUAACAAAUUCAUCGAUACCGGGUUUGAUAUGGUUAUUUCGAACGAUGACGCAGAUAUUCGAGUUCUAAGUUUCCAUAUGCUGAAUGAGUGUGACAGAGAAAGAAGUUUUUAUAUUGCGCAGUCACAAUCCUUGAGCAUAUGGAAACUUCGAACGCAAAUAUCUUUGUAAUUGUUUAAAGUAACCCUAUCAAACCCGGUAUCGUUGAAUUCGUCAUGAUAAUCCCUAACCGAUUAUGGAAUACAAUACAGGGUAGCCCAUUUAAAAAUCAAAAGUUGGGGUGAAAUUGGAAGUGAUAGAAGAAAAUUGUUUCAUCAAUGUUUCAAUCAAUGAGCAAUUUGGUAUACUUGCUACCCACCAAUUUUCAAAACCCUAUCUAGAAUAAUUCAAAAGUUACAACCCUGGCCGUUUUUUGUGCACUUCUCUGUAUGUCCCAAAGGCAUGUGCUAACAUUGUAUCAACAUCACCUGUGCCCAUCACUAUCCUGAACAAAAUGAUUGAAACAUUGCAUCAUGUGUUGAGUUGAAACAAAAUGGAAAUAAAAGGAGAUAAUGCCCCCUUCGCUAAUAUCCAAACGUGCGGUGAUUCAAACUGAUUUGAAUUCGUGGCAGAACGUCAAUAUUUCCAAGGUUAUUUUGCCUCUGGAAAAAUAAUAUCCAAUGAACCAGAACGUCGAUUUAAGGGUCCAUCGGAUAUUAUCUUCUAACACGGACGAAAUAUUCUCGGAAAAAUUGAUACCCUGCCACUAACUUAGAUACGUUUGAAUCGAGGCACGUUUGGAUAUUCGUGAAGGGGACAUUACCCCUUUUAUUUGCAUUUUGUUUGAACUUGUUAUCACUUGAUGGAAGUUUGUCUGGAAUAACGGCGGCACAAAAAUAGCUGCGCCGAGGAUUUGACUCAGAUUUAGGGAUGGCACAGGUAUGGUUUUGAGAUCAAUUGGAAUCGGAUCGUAUACUUCUUUUCUCGAUAUUAAAUCACUAAAUUUUAUGCAAAUUAUCGCACAGGAAGAUGCAAUUUUCCAAUUAUUUCGCUCAGGAUAGUGAUUGACACAGGCAUUGUUCGAUAAAAUGCAAUGCUUCUACAUACGUUCGGAAUCUAUGUCAUUUCAUUACCAGAUAACGGUCAAAAUUUGCAGCUUGCUUUCCUACUAUAUCUAGGCAAGGCAAUAUCUAAUUUCAACUGCCAUCAGAAAGGAUCUUCAAAAUUUGAAUAAAACACUGUAAGUGAGAUAUUCCAUCCAUAUUUCUUAUUUGUGCUUGGACUUCAAGACUGUUUGCUUCAAGGUUUACAUAAACCGAUGAUGAGAACAUGCGCACCACAUCGUUUUUGCUAUGAAACUUGAAUGAAACCAACAAUCUAGUGUGAGUUGACUGGGUGAUCAUUAGGUAAUUGGUCAAGAUGUCAUUCUCUCAUUGAGUGAAAUAUCAAUUUGAACUUUCGGGAAGUUGUAUCGUUGUUUCAGAUACAGAUUGUUAGUACCUUCCGGUUUGACCGAUAGUACUAUCAACUUCAACAGUAUAUUUUAAACAUUUUUCAAAAUUAGUAGUCUGCGUAAAAUUCUGGUGAAUUAUGUAUCACACCUUAAAUGUUCCUUUGGCAGUUAACGAGCAAAUGGCGAUUAAAUUUCAUAUUGACGACAAUUUUAAGUACUUCGCAAUACCUCAUUUGUUUUACUAGAAAGAAGACUUGAACGACGAAAAAUAUCCGAAUAGGAACAAAGAGAGGUGAAAAUGUAAGAUGCACAAGUUUCAAAUCUCAUUCUGUCAUUUGAAAUCAUUUUCAACCAUUUCAGACCACCUACAGCGGUCAAUAUUGGGAACACAAAGAUUUUCACUCUCGUAUCUAUUAGUACUAUUUGUUGCAGCUUAAGAACAUUACUUUCUGGCUGUCAACCAAGAAAUGAUAUCACUUUAUUUAUUCAUUUCAUUUAUUAGGAAUUACCAAAAUUACCUUCUUCAAAUUGGGAACACUGUUCUUUUAAAAGUGGCGUCUAUACUAUAGGUCAAAAAUAGUUACUAGAAUCUAUGCCAAUACAGGGGCUGCAUAUAUUUUUGUGCAAAUAAUACUGAAUAUUUUUGGGAACAUCAGUAAUCCUCUUGAUUAUCUAUUGAAUUGAACAACCUGUUUUCGAUUGAUUUGCAGUCGAAAUAUUUUGUGCACGUGCAUAAUAAACUAAAUGAAACAAGGUCACUUCUAUUUUAUGACGAUUCAGUAUAAAAUAUCAAUAUCUGUUUAAUAUUCAAUUAGGUGUAAUUUUGAGUCACUGCGAAUUGUCGAAAUUUCAUAAGGAUACUUGCUAUAUUCUUGAAAAUUCAAUACCUAUGCAAUUCAAGGCAGUACUGAUUUUCUCACAAAUAUUCAGUGGCAAGAACUCGUUUCUAGAAAAGAUAUAUGUCAAACUUGUGUCAGCGCCUUUGGGUUCCUUUAACUAUGAUUGACUGUAGUGUAGACCCAGCUUUACAGAGAAAGAAAGUCAACCAUAUUUGAAAAGGAACACUUUUGUAUUUAAGAUAAUGAUAUGAAAUAAUAACCUUUUUUAACUUUCACGCCUUGUAUACAAACUAUGGUGCAUUCAUGAAGGUAUGUUUAUCAGUUUCUAUCAGCUCUUGAUAUACAGUGUGUCCAAGGUAAGGAUGUUUAUCGUCUCAACGCUGUAUUGUAGAGCUUUAAAAGUGGCAAUGAGGAAGUUUUCCUAUAGUAACGUCAGGAAAAAUGGAAACGAUCCCCAUAGAUAUCCUUAUCUUGGACACAGUGUAUAAGAAUCUGGACGACCCUGCAUAAAAGUUGUAUUUCCUAUUCGAAAAGCUUCAGUGACAGUCAUAUGUUUGAGUUCUAUUAAUCUGAGUUUGGAACAACUAUACAACUAUAUUACACUGAUCCAAAGAUUAUACAAACUCUAAAUAGACAGCGUAAGUGUGAGAAUGGGCAACGCUCAGUUGGGACGUAACAAUUCUAUUAAGUAAUGCGCCGUGGAUUUCACCGACUCCUAUAUUCAUCUUCUUCCCUUCGGUUUGAAUGGACUUGGCUUCCUGUGCUAUCUGGCCAAGUAUACGUUUCAAUCUCAGACAAUUCUAUCACUAUAUGCAUCAAAGGAAAUGAUACGGUGAUCUACAAGCUAAAGCAAAAACGACAGACCAGUAGCAAAACAACCUAGUCUCUUGAAGCUAUAACAGCUUCUAUCACCAGAAAACAGUGUUCAUCUUAUGACUCCGAUAUUUAUAUUCAUGUAACAGUUCUACACAGCCGAUUACCCGCCGGACUAGAUCCCAACGAAGCGUUGUCAAUUUUAACACGGUCCUUGUGUAUCUACACUCAUAUACUUUGUAUAUUCUCUGACUGAUCCAACACUGACCCCAAACAAACAAACAAACAAACAAACAACCAUUCGGUGGGUGUUGAAACAUUUUUACGUGAUUAUUGUGCCGAUAAAGUGGCAAUGCAAUAACUGGUUUUCUCUAUUCGAAUGGCGUUUCCUCCACAUAUAUGUUUGGAAAGUGCUGUGAAAGUAUGAAAAAGUAUACCGGGUGACAUAGGAGACAUGUAACAGGCUGUAGUUUUUUUAGUUAAAGGGAAAGAAAAAUUUGAAAUUCACAAGGGUUAUAUUAUCGAUCAUGGCGCUUCCUUUGAACCCAAUGACAUUUUUUUUCAACCAUCUGUUUGAUUGGGUGUAGACCCAACUUUUUGUUUGUUUUUCAAAUGGCACCCUGUAUAUUUCUGUAAUCUAUCUUAUUUGCCUUGAAAUUCUUUAUUCAACGUUCAUUAAUUGGCUGUGAAAUUGCAUUUUA